CAGUAGCCCAUUGCACCACCAACAUCAUUCUGUCAGUUUAUUUCAACCGCAUCAAGGAUGCUUCGAAGCAGUCUCACCCAUCUCAGAAAGCUCCUCCAGGGUGCCAGUGGACUUCCCGCAAUCCAGUCCACUGCCAUCCGUUUCUCGCACGAUGGCUGCGAAGAGAGUGACGCCGAGUUUGACGCCCGUUUCGAGGCCUAUUUCAACCGUCCGGACAUCGACCACUGGGAGGCGCGUAAAGCAAUGAACGAUCUGCUGGGUAUGGAUCUGGUGCCGGACCCGAAGGUGGUCAUUUCCGCACUGAAGGCUUGCCGCCGGCUGAACGACUAUGCCCUGGCCAUUCGGUUUCUGGAGGCUGUCAAGGACCGGUGCGGUGACAAGGAGAAGGAAGUCUAUCCGUAUGUGCUGCAAGAGAUCAAACCAACGUUGUGCGAUUUGGGAAUUGAUACGAUUGAGGAGUUGGGAUACGACAAACCGGAGUUGGCAAUGAAGACAAUCCUCGAUUUGGAAAAAUGAAUAUUAUAAUGAUCAUGUAAUUUUAAACAGAAGUAAAUGAUUUGUUAUU